AUGAGUGAGAAGGAGCUCCCCGAAAACGUGAGAGGAGACAACAUAAGUGAAGAAACCAAGAGUCUAAUCUCUUCGCUUCCUUGGAACAAAGAUUGUCUAGGGAAGCUCUACAACUACCAAGGAUGUUGGUACUACCCGAACACUCUCCAAGGAGUCCUGAAUUUUCAGAAAGGUUUCAAGCCUCAAGAAACCGAUAUAAUCCUCGCUUCUUUCCCUAAAUCAGGCACCACUUGGCUCAAAGCUCUCACGAUCGCUCUCUUUGAGAGAUUGAAGAACAGUUCUUCUUCUGAUGUUCCUCAUCCUCUUCGAUCCGAUAAUCCUCAUGGUAUAUUGCCCUUCUUGGAGCUCCAUCUGUAUCUCAAAAGCUCAACACCUGACCUGACCGAGCUCUCAUCAUCUCCGAGGCUGUUCUCGACUCACAUGCCGUUCCAUACUCUUAGAGUACCCUUCAAGGACUCUUCUCCCUGCAAGUUCGUGUACGUGUGUAGGGACGUGAAGGACGUGUUGGUAUCGCACUGGCAUUUCAGCUGGUAUCAGAGCAAGGUUACCGUUAUCUUUGAAGAAGUGAAGAUGGAGGCCACCGUUACCUUUGAAGGUGACAUGUUCAAGCUCACGACGGACAACUUCUCUUAUUGGAAACCGAUGAUGGAAGAUCACCUUUAUUGUAAGGAUUUGCAUGAGCCCAUCAUCAUGAAGGAUAAGCCGGAAGGAAAGGAUGAUAAAGCAUGGGAGAUUCUUAAUAGAAAGGCGGUUGCCUUGGAGUACAAGGAUGGCCAGAGCAUGAUGGAGCACUUGAACAAUUUCAAGGGGAUUGUAAAUCAGCUUAACAAAGUUGAUAUGAAGGUUGAAGACGAAAUGCAAGCCCUUUUACUCCUCAGUUCACUGCCGGAGAGUUGGGACACACUAGUUGUCACUCUAAGCAAUUCAGCACCGGAGGGAAAGCUUACCAUGGACACCGUCACUGAUAGCCUUCUAAACGAAGAAGUUCGCAGGAAGGAACGAGAGAAGAGACUCGUGGUCAAAACCGAAGCAGAGGACGAGACCAAUCUCGAGGAAGAUCCAAGUCACGUCCGAGAGUUACUUGCUAUUACUGUGGCAAACAGGGUCACAUGA